AUGGUUUCCUCUCCUCCUCCCUCGGGCAUCUACGUUCCCGUGCCCACCUUCUUCGCUUCUCAGUCGGCAUCCAACUACGACCCUGUCAACACCCCUCUAGAUCUCGAGACCCAGACCAAACACUCCCUGUUCCUUGUCAAGGGUGGAGUCCGUGGUCUUGUCAUCCUCGGUUCAACCGGCGAAGCAAUUCACCUUACCAACAAGGAACGCAACGAGCUCGUUAGCAGCCAGCGCAAGGAACUCGACAAUGCCGGUUACAAAGAUAGACCCAUCAUUGCCGGUACUGCUACACAAAAUGUCGAGGAGACACUGAUCCAGCUCGACGAUGCCAGGAAGGCUGGUGCUGAGUACGGCAUGGUACUCACACCAGGUUACUUCGCUUCGGCUGCCAGCCAGCAGGGCAUUGCCAAGUGGUUCGAGGCAGUGGCUGAUAAGAGUCCUAUCCCCAUCAUGAUCUACCACUACCCUGGCGUGACCAACAACAUUGUUGUGGCUCCUUCGACCUUUGAGCGCCUGGCCCAACACCCCAACAUCGUAGGCUGCAAGCUAUCGCACGGCGACAUUCCCGACCACACUUUGAUUGCCUCGUCGCCAAAGAUUGAUCCCUCGCACUUCAAGGUCUUCUCGGGAUUGGGCCAAAAUCUCUUGCCUGUGCUUACCGUCGGCGGCCAAGGUGCCAUUGAUGGACUUGCAGGCAUCUUCCCCCGCAUCGUGGUCAAGCUUUUCAACAUGUUCCAAGAAGGUGCAGACAAUAAGAAGUUGCGUGAAUUGCAAUUCAAGAUCUGCGAGGGUGAGAGGUUAAUUGGUAGAUGGGGUACUGUUGGUAUCAAGGAGGCGAUCGCGAGAUGUUGGGGCAUGGGCGACAAGGAAGGAGCCCGACUACCGCUACAAGGUGGCUUCCAGGGCGGUGAGCAAGAAUGGAGCAACUGGAGCGGUGUGUAUGAGGGAUUGAAGCAGUUGGAGCAAGAACUUGAGAAGAGUGGUUAG